GGCCUGGACUCGUCGUCAUACCGGCUGUGCUGCUUUUGCAUCCAGGCAGAUUGUACUUCAUAAUGCCCAUUUUCACCAAAGUGUCACUGUCCCGAGAAAGAAUUCAAGCCAACCGCACCUCGAAACUAUCAUCAUGAACGAAAAGAGAGUAGCACUCGUUGUAGGAGCCUCUAGAGGCAUCGGCAGGCAAGUCGCCAUCGACUUAGCCAAGAACGGAUAUGCCGUCAUUGUCUCUGCCAAAUCCACAAGCGAUGCGCAGAAACUCCACCCUUUCCCGCCAGACCCUAAUUCCCCACAGUCAACCAUCAGCACAGUGCAGCGGGAAAUAGUCGACGCAGGCGGUGACGCAACCGCUAUCCCAGUCGACACUUGCGAUUUCGCCCGUGUCCAGAAUCUUAUCAACAAGACCAUCGAGGCCUACGGCCGUCUAGACGUGCUCGUCUACAACUCCGGCGCCAUCUGGUGGGCCCCCGUUAAAGAUACGCCCAUGAAGCGCUUCCAGCUCAUGCAGCGCGUCAACCCAGAGGGUCUGUAUGGCACGGUGCAAGCCGCACUGCCCUAUCUGAAGAAGCACGGCACAGGGAGGAUCAUCGUCGUCAGCCCGCCGAUAUACAGCCGUUUCUUCCGGGGCAAGACGGCGUAUGCCAUGGGGAAGGUAGCCAUGAGCGUGUUGACGAAGGGGUUGGCCAUGGAUUUUGAGAGGGAGGGGUUGAGAGAGAUGGCUAUUACGAGUGUAUGGCCUGCAGUUGCAAUCGAAUCUGGAGCUACUCUGAAAAUGGUGGAGAAGAAUCCAGAUGAGGCACGGGACUUGAGAAGGGCGACCAUCUUCUCUGAUGCCAUCUUGGUCAUGUUGAAUUCGCCUGCUUCGACAGUCAAUGGUCGACUAGAGCUGGACGAGGACUUCCUCAGGAGCGACGCGGGCGUGACUGAUUUCGACAAGUACGCAGUGGUGCCUGGCUCUUCUCCGAGGAGAAUCAUGCCUGCAGUACUUCCGAGCUUGUCAGUGAAGGAGCAAGACGACGAGGGGAAGCAGAUGAAUAGCGCAGAGGGAAAAUCGAAAUUGUGAUCAAACGUGACUUACCAUGAUCGCGCAAUUGCAUCGAUACAAUUCGGCAUGCUUGUGAAGUCCUCGUCGGUGACCUUGUUGUAGAGGGGAAGCAUGAUUCACCUCGAGGUACCCCUAUCUCCUCCCCCGACUGGGUACGUCACUUGAAGCUGUACGGGCUAGGACAGAGGACGAAAACAUGGGAUUCCGUCCGUGUUGCUGCGCAUCUUUCAUGAGCACAGAUGGGAAAGCCACAGCAAUAUGGGUGAUACCAAAGGUAGAAGGCCUCACGCCAGGCCGUAGGGUGAACCGCCGACAUGUCGGGUAUUGUGAAGGAAGACCAAUUGAAAGGAGCUAAGAAUAGCAUGAC